UUGAUCACGCGGAAAGACCCUUUAGAUGCCUACGUGGCCCCACUUCAAAAGUCCAUUUUUCCUGUACUUUAUUUUCCAUCCAAAGGUUUCUCCACAAACAACGGCCUCUCAGAUUCUCAGGACCGACUACCAAACUCUUCUCUCAAGCUCAGAUCUCUCCAACUACAUCCUUAACGCGCCGCGAUGGCUCUGAAGGCCGUAACGCUGACGCACGUGCGCUAUCAAAAGGGUGAUCAGCUGGGCCACUUCCUCGCGUGGGUCUCACUCGUGCCGGUCUUCAUUAGCCUCGGCGGCUUCGUUUCACACUUCAUCUUCCGUCGCGAGCUUCAAGGCAUAUUCUUCGCUAUUGGCCUCUUAAUCUCUCAAUUCAUCAACGAAGUGAUCAAGACAUCGGUCGAACAAGCGAGGCCCGAAACGUGUGUGCUUUUAGAAAUGUGUGACUCUCACGGCUGGCCCUCGAGUCACUCUCAGUACAUGUUCUUCUUCGCUGUCUAUUUUAGUCUUUUAAGCUGUAAAGGAAUCGGACUUUGGGGAAUGAAGAAUAGAUGGUUUUUGAACGUUUUGCACUGGACUUUGGCUGUGCUGACAAUGUAUUCAAGGGUGUAUUUGGGGUACCACACGGUGGCUCAAGUGUUUGCGGGGGCUACUUUGGGCACUUUGCUUGGAGCGGGGUGGUUUUGGGUAGUGGAUUCCUUGUUGUCUUGUUAUUUUCCGACGAUUGAAGAGAGUGCUUUGGGGAAAUAUUUUUAUCUCAAGGAUACUUCUCAUAUUCCUGACGUGUUGAAGUUCGAGUACGAUAAUUCGAGAGCUGCUAGGACAGAUAAUGAUAAGGGUUAUAAGAAAAACUGAUUGCUGAAUUGUCUUUUGGCUCGAUCUGAUUAAGCUGAUGCCAUUCUUGUUCGGAUGGCUUCACAUGGAACUUGUAUGCAAAUGUAGCCAGAUAAUAGGCUUUGGAGGGUCCCAGAGAACUGUUAUAGAAAUUUAUAUUUCAAGUUCUGCUUUUACAAAUGUAUGUCUCUAUUUAUCACUUCAGUGGCUUAUAAAUUGUUCAAAAUUGAUUCCUUCUAAGAAGAGUUUGCAUCUUAGUCAUUACUUUUGUUUAAACUUGGAUACUGGAGGUACCUUAGCAUGAAGUACAUACAUUUCAAUUUUCUUUC